AUGGAUUCUCUUUUUCUCUAUAGUUUGUUUGCUGCUGUAGCAACCUUCUUCACGCUCUUGGGUACAAUAUUUUUCAUGUUUCAUAGAAAAUUCAGAUUCCAUCAAGAAAACAAAACAACAGCCUCUUCUUCUCCUCCUCCUUCUCUUUCUUCUUCUUCUUCUUCUUCUUCUUCUUCUUCCUCGGUUUCUUCUUCUUCUUGUUCUCCAACUUGGAAACACCCUGUCUUCCCGAGCUUCCACGGGAAAGAUGUCCGGAAGGCCUUUCUUACCCACAUCCUAAAAGAGUUCCGAAGGAAAGGGAUCGAUCCAUUCAUUGAUAAUGAUAUCAAGAGGAGCAAGUCGAUCGGUCCUGAGCUCACUGAAGCAAUCAUAGAAUCAAGGAUCGCGAUCGUCUUGCUCUCGAGGAACUACGCUUCUUCCUCAUGGUGCCUAAACGAGUUAUCGCAGAUCAUGGAGUGCAGAAAAAGGUUAGGUCAAAUAGUGAUGACUAUUUUCUAUGAAGUAGAUCCAACUGAGGUAAAGAAGCAGACCGGAAAAUUCGGGAAGGUCUUCAAAAAAACUUGCAAAGGUAAGACAAAGGAGGAGAUCAAGAGAUGGAGGAGAGCUUUGAAGAAGGUGGCCCAAAUCGCCGGAGAGCAUUCUUGCAACUGGGACAAUGAAGCGGCCAUGAUGGAAAAAAUAGCAAAUGAUGUUUCAAACAUGUUGAACUAUUCGACACCAUCGAGAGAUUUCGACGAUUUGAUUGGAUUGGGAGCUCACAGGGAAAGGAUGGAACUAUUGUUACGCCUAGAUUUGGAUGAAGUGAGGAUGAUUGGGAUUUGGGGUCCUCCAGGGAUUGGUAAGACCACCAUCGCCAGAUUUCUGUUUAGCCAACUCUCCGACCGUUUCCAGCUGAGCGUCUUUAUGGAGAAUAUCAAAGAGUCAAUGUGUACAAGACCAGUGUGUUCUGAUGACUACAGUACAAAGUUGUACUUACAGAACCAGUUUAUGUCCCAAAUAACCAACCACACGGAUGGCAAGAUUCCUCAUCUAGGAGUUGCUCAAGAUAGGUUAAAAGACAAGAGAGUGCUUAUUGUUCUUGAUGGCAUUGAUCAGUUAAUACAACUAGAUGCUAUCGCAAAAGAUACUAGGUGGUUCGGUCUUGGAAGUCGGAUUAUCAUCACAACGCAAGACAGAAAACUUUUGAAACAACAUGGCAUCAACCAUAUCUACAAGGUGGCGUAUCCAUCGACAUAUGAAGCUUACCGAAUCUUUUGCAUGUAUGCUUUUGGUCAAGAGUCCCCUGAAGAUGAUGAUUACCAGGAGCUUGCAUGGCAAGUUACAAAACUUUUAGGUAAGCUACCAUUGGGCCUAAGAGUUAUGGGAUCCCAUUUCCGGGGAAUGUCUAAGCAGGAGUGGAUCAAUGCACUACCAAGUUUAAUGACUCGCCUUGACGCCAGUGGCAGUAUACAAAGCAUUCUCAAGUACAGUUACAAUGCUUUAUGUCAUGAAGAUAAAGAAUUAUUUCUUCAUAUAGCAUGCCUUUUCAACAAUCAAAGGGUUGAGAAAGUGGAAGAGUAUCUUCUGGAUGAGUUGGAUGUGAGGCAAGGGCUUCACGUCUUAGCUGAUAAAUCACUCAUAACUAUUGAAUACGGAUGGAUAAGGAUGCCUAAUCUGCUAGAGUUAUUGGGCAAAGAAAUUGUCCGUCACCAAUCCAUUCGUGAACCUGGAGAUCGCCAGUUUUUGAUUGAUGGCAGUGAUGUUUUUGAAGUAAUCACUGAUGAAACGGGUAGUAAAAGUGUAAAAGGCAUACAUUUUGACUCAUCUGAGCUGUCAGAAUGGAAUUGUUUUCCGAUGACAUGUUUGCCUUCCAAUUUUCGUAUGGAGUACCUUGUCGAACUAUCUUUGCGAAACAGCAAUCUUGAAAAGCUGUGGGAAGGAAAUCAGACGCUUGGAAACCUCAUGUGGAUGGAUUUAAGUUUUUCAAAAAAACUAAAGGAGCUACCUGAUCUCUCAACAGCCACUAACCUUCAAGAACUGAUUCUCUCUGGAUGCACAAGUUUGGUGGAGCUCACCUCCUCUAUAGGAAAUGCCACUGAUCUCGAGAUAUUGCAACUUGAUAGGUGCAAGGCUGUGGUGGAGUUGCCCUCCUCUAUUGGGAACCUUAAAAAGUUGCGAAAACUGACGUUAGAAGGAUGUUCAAAGCUAGAGGUUCUUCCUAGAGACAUCAACUUGGAUUCUCUCGAAGAACUUGAUCUCACUGAUUGCUUCAUGUUGAAAGUUUUUCCAGAGAUCUCCAUAAACGUUAAGAAACUCAUGCUCAUGAAAACUUCAAUACAAGAAACGCCUUCAUCGAUCAUGGCAUGGCCUCAUCUUGAUACGUUGCAAAUGUCAUUUAGUGAAAACUUGAAGGAAGUCGUGCCUGCUCUUGACAUCGUCACAACGGUGCACUUGAACGAUACAGAUAUUCAAGAAAUUCCUCCAUGGGUCAAGAGAGCCUCUCGUCUUUCAGAACUUAUACUCAACGGUUGCGGAAAGCUGGUAUCCAUCCCACAGCUUUCGGAUUCCUUAUCAAACUUAGAUGCAGCAAACUGCGAGUCACUUGAGAGACUUGAUUGCUGCUUUAACAAUCCAAGGAUAUAUCUCAACUUUGCUUACUGCUUCAAACUGAAUAAGGAAGCAAGAGAUCUCGUCAUCCAGACAAGAAACAGAGGUGCUGUCUUACCCGGUGCAGAAGUGCCUGCAUACUUCACUCACGGAGCUACUACUGGAGGUUUCUUGACAAUCAAGUCUAAUCAAAGGCCUCUUCCUACAUCCAUGAGAUUUAAGGCUUGCAUCUUGUUGGUUAAUAAAGGUGUCAAAAGAUGCAGGUACUUAAAGCAGCCUGGUACCAGGAAAAGCCUGCCAGUGUUUUAUCGCAUCAAGGACGUACAUAAACUUGGCGUUGCUACUCCAUGGAGACCUACAAACUACUAUAUGUAUGGCUCUUAUACGGAUCAUCUGUAUAUCUUUGAAUUUGCAGCGGAGGUGACGUCCAAGGAGCUUUUCUUUGAGUUCCAAGUCUACAGUGACCAUGAGGAGAUCAAAGAAUGUGGGGUCCAACUCAUCCCCAGCCCUGAGCUCCAGCAAUGCAAGCCCAUGCGUGCGGCUCAAGUUCGGCCGUCAAUUUCUAAAACAUGUCCUUAG